AUCCAUUUCUAGGAAUCCUCAGAUCCUCAAACCACACAAUUUUGGAUCCCUAGCCAUGACACGUACCCCUGUCAGUCACCAUACAAAACGCCAAACCCUCCUUCACCCCCAACAACAUCCUUGACGUGUAAACCGACUCCCCCACUCAAUUCUCUCAGCGCCUCCUUCUUCCUCAAUCUUCCCCCCACCUAAAUCCCAUCCUCCCCAUGAAUGUCAUCUUUCAUCUUCAAUUCUGAAGAAGAAGAAUUCAUGAACACUGAACAGACCCAAAUGGCUGACAGGGUUAAAAUCGAAGCCAGUGACCCAGUUCCGAAACUCGAAAAUGAUACGACCCAUCAUCAGUCCGAUGAGACACGGAGCUCACCGUCGUCGUCGGAAGCCCAACAGUGUGAUAAGAAUGAGAACGACGAUGGAAAAGGGUUGUUGUCUUCGAGUGGAGCAACGUCGUCGUUGGAAGGGGUUUCUAACUCUACAGCGCAGCUAGACGUUACAAAGGAUAUUGGGGUGGAAUUGGAGGAGGAUAAUGGGCGAGAAAGGCUGAAGAGACACAGGGUGGAGGUGGCGGGUCGGAUUUGGAUCCCGGAGAUAUGGGGGCAGGAGGAGUUCUUGAAGGACUGGGCCGAUUGUUCGGCGUUUGAUGCGUCACUGGUGCCGAGCGGGAUCAAGUCGGCGCGUGCAGCGUUAGUUCACGAAGGGAGACGAGCGAGUCCCGGCUGGUUUAGAAUAGAAAACAGAUUUUAUGCUGCCGUUGGUUUACAAGAUGCUGUUGCAGAUCCUUAGCAUGCUACCUAGGGGUGUUUAUUGCUAUAAAUACGCAAAGAUGAAAUCAAGCAAGACAAACUUGCCUCUCAUACAACAAGCUUAGCAUUGUUUCUUUUAAUGCUAAAGUGCAUCUUAGUUUCAAGCUCCUUAGUUUAGUUUUAGCUCUACACUUCAGCCUUUAUUAGCCUACAACUUUAGUUUAAUGUCUUUUCCUUUAGAAAUCUCAUAAAUUAGUUAUAGUUCUCUACGAAAGCAAUUCACCCUUUUUUGUUGGUUUUGUAAUGGUAAGAUUUGCUACCUUCAAUGAUGGUUCUUCGUAAUUAGAUUGCUUCCUUUUUUUUAUUGUGUUCUUAAGUUCUUUUUAAUUAAUCAAGUAAUGUUGAUAUU